GAUUGGCUGUUUCAUUGUACCAUUUAAAACAGAUGAAUGUGGAUGUAAGAAAUGAAAGGGUUCUCAUUCAAAUCAGCUGGGGUUGGUUCAUCAGAAUCAACGAACGAUUGUACCAGUGGAAAUCCGACGAAACAACAGAAGUACAAAUACAUUUUGAGCCUACUUUCUCCAGCACUCCGAUGGCUCGGCCGGUGAUUGGCCUUAUACUGCUGCUGGUCUGCGUGCUGGCCUCCCGGUGUGGUCCAGUGAGCGGUUUAUUUGACUGGUUGAAGCAGACGCAGCCAGGGGCUCCAGUCCUCGCCCCUUCACUGGUCCCUGGACUACCUGAGGGAGAUGCCCAACCGUUCGAGAUGACGGUAGCCGAUGAAAAGUUCCUAGCAGAGGCAAAAAAUAUGGAGCUCAGCCCGUUGGACAGCUGUCAUUACCGGGUGGUUGCCCAGCUGAAGUCGACCUGCGCUAGCCUAUCAGAGGAGCAGCUGGCCAAACUGGGCGUUGUCCUGUUCAACUGCCAGGCAGAGGUGGAGGGGCGUAGGACGUACCCCUGCACUGAGGACAUGUCCCUAAAGCAGUGCACAGCGGACAUGGACUCGGACACGUGGAAUGCUUACCACAUAGUGAGCAACCGGGCACGCUCCGUGUGUUACGCCACCCGUCAGCAGCACUUCCGCCGCCGGGCCGAGCUCACCGUCAACGCGCUAAUCUCUACAGCAACCAGCCAACUGGACGCCAUGAAGGACCUGAAGGAGGGUCAGCUGGAGCUGAAGGAUCUGACUUCGGCCUCCCUGGAGAGGCUGCUGAAGGGUCACAGUGCCCUGGUGGCCCAGCAGGGGGCACUGUGGGAGGGCCAGGAGCAGCUGGAGACCUCGCUCUCGUCUAACCUGGAGCGUCUGGGCCAGGAGAAGGCCCUCAUUGCCUCCGGACAGGAACUGGUGGCCCAGCUCAUCCAGGGAAUCACACACAGGAUGGAGAAUGUUAGUGAGCAGCUAAUGGAUCAAAGGUCAGAGGUUCAGGAGGGUCAUAAGGCCCUUCUGGAUGACCUUGCUGAGGUCAGUGGGCGCGCAAAGGACAUCUAUAGCAAAAUAGACCACAGUAUGUCUGGGUUCCUGCAGUAUCAGAAACUGACAGCUCAGUACUACAUGGAUCUCAUGGGAAAACUGGAACGCAUGAAUGGAACCCUGGGAACCAUGCUGCAUUACCUUGACAACAUGCAACGUUGUCUAGAAGAGAGGCUUCAUAUUAUCCAGGGUUACCUGGGCUGGGCAGCAGGUCUAAGUCUGGCUGCGGUGUGGACGUGUGUGGUGCAUGCUGGGUACUUCCUGCUGUGUGCGGUGGUACUGACGUUCCUGCGCUGUCCGUCCUUCUCCCGAGCCAUGCUGCUCUUCACGGUCCCGCUCAACGCUGUGGCUGAGGUCAACCAACAGCCUGCCCUGGACCUGCCCAGUCUCAGCAUGCUGCUGCUCACACUGUCACUCGGCUACUGGUUGGCGAUGCAGGUGUUGUGGGCGUGUUCUCAGAUGAGAGGAAAGAAGAUCCCCAGUCAGAAGACCCUGGAACCAGAAAGCCACCACUACCUCCACUCCUGCGGCCCAUCCUCCUCCACCCCCCAGAAAGAUGAGCUGGAUGGUCUCAUGGAGCCAAUAGACCUGCUGGAUCAGGACAGCUUCAUGACAGGUGACCCCUGCAUAGCAGCAUUGUCUCCCUCCCAUGCCCACUACAUGGCUGAGGCCAGGUUUGUGCCUGUGGGCUCACUGAACCACUCUACUCCCAGGUUCAAGUGUCGGCCUAGUCUCUCUGCGGCUGUCCUAGGUCUGCCCCAAAAGAACCUGGGAGGAAUGAUGGAUGCAGUGAGCAAAUCACGGAGCGCCAGCCCCAACCAAUCCCUGGCCAGCAACAGCUCUGUGUCUGGUCGUCAGCUGUGUAAUGGCACUACCAGGAUGGGACAGCAAUGUAAGAAGAGGGCGGUGCUGGGACAUGAGUACUGCCAUGUCCAUGAGGGUGGCUAUACCUCCUACAACUGCCUCUGAAUAACACUCUGUGUUCCAAAUGGUACCCUAUUCCCAAUAUAGUGCACUACUUUUGACCAGGGCCAUAGGGCUCUUCUCAAAAGUAGUGCAUUAUGUAGGGAAUAGCCUGCCAUUUGAAUGCACACCCUGCUUCCCCUCUCCCUGCUACUCCUACCCUUCCUCCAUCCACCAGGGACAAGUUCAGUAGGAGAAAAUGUUUUGAAACGAGAAAUCGUACCAAUAAGAACAGAUUUUUGUUGCAAAACGUUUUGCUAGUGUACCCAACUGAACACCCUCCCAGAAUGACCAGGAAGUACUUGGGCUAUUCUUUUAUUUUAACGUUUCUUUAUUCAGGCUGUUACCCUGACAGUAAGAGAAACCAUGGUAUCUCUGUUGUGUCUAAAGCAAUGACCAGUUGUCAUGUGUAUGAACUUUUUGUAUGUCUGGAUGAAAGCGCGUGCCUGUGACAUCCUGUAGUAGGAUACUCCCUGGCUAUAAAUGUGAAAGUAAUGUGAUAAGGCUGAUGUUACUGAAUUCUAAAAGGGUUUAUGCAGGCAGGAUUGUUUGCUUGUAUCAUGAUUUAUGGACCCUGUGUGUACAUGAUACUGACUUUUUAUUUUUUAAGGUGUGUAGAUUUGUCAUUUGCGUCCAAGUUAUGUAGAGGACAAAGGAGGCGAAUUAUAACUCUCUUAAGAUUAAUUUUCCUUGAGUCAUGUAUUGAUGUCAUUGAGAGACUAAGUGAAAUUUCACGUAAAUGGAAGUUAAGAUUUACCCAUAAAGCCACUAAAUUGCACUCAUAAAUUACUCCGACUUGACUAGCGUUUGGGAUUAUUAUUUGUGUUUUUCUGAUCUUAAAUGUUUUUUUUAAGCUGCCUGCCAAAGGCAAGUGUUUUUGUAUGAAGGGCAUAUCUAUUGUUUUGAUUUUUAAAUUAAUAAUAAAAUAUUAGUAAUGCAAAGUUUGUAAA